CAUGGGCCGAUGGAUUGGGAUUUUGCUGGCCGAGACAGGGUCCUCCACAGAUCCUGGGGCCUUGCACUACGACUAUAUCGACGUGGAGACGUCUGCGAACGUCAUCCAGACGGCCAAGCAGACCUUCUGUUUCAUGAACAGACGCGGGAUCUCAGCCAACCCGUACCUGGGGAGCACCACGAACGGCUACGCACACCCCAGCGGCACGGCGCUGCACUACGACGACGUCCCGUGCAUUAACGGCGCGGUGAGUGUGCCCUUCUGACGAGCGUCUGGGCUCCGG